AGAGACUGUUGAACGUAGCCGAGCUCCAGUCUGGACACCCACCCACCACCAACUGUCAAGGCUGGUCCCACCAACCCGCACCGCCACAACAGCUGGGGGAGGAUUUCCGACCCAGUCACAGCGAAGAUGGUGGCAGCUACAGGAGUGGAGAUAUUACGUUCGCCCGGAUAAGACGGAAAACCAGCCGCAAAACUCCCGCUGUAGGUCUGUUUUUAUUUAGCCCCCAACUCCAGCAGAGAGCUAUAUCAGGGGGGAAAAGGGAGGCAACCAGCGGCGGACGGAAGAGGACGCACCACAGCCAGAGCGCACAGUGUUGUGUUUGUUGGACACAUGCAUGCCAGCGAAAACUAGUGCUAUCCAGACCUAAGGAAUUGGUUGAGAUAAGGAAAUAGUGCCGUUUGUGGGGCGUUUUUUGACAAUCCCACCGAGGAGAUAUCCAAGGAGUUUCCUUUAUUGCUCUGGGUAUUUUCUACUUCUUUGCUCUGGGGGGAAUGCGAGGGGAGGAAAUCCAGCCUCAGCUCCAAAUAACCACAGACUCCUAACUGGGUCUCCUCUCCAAACGCAGGAAAUACGGCCUGGGAAAAAAAGAAAAAAGUUUGGGAGUUUUUGGAAACGAGAGGGGGGCCUAUCGCUGACGUUUUGCACGCGUUUUUUUACGACGUGAUUUUUAAAGUACUGACCUAUGUUGUUUUUGUAUUAAGCUCUCCUGCUAUUCCACAGAAUAAGUUGAAGAAAAGCAUUCAAGUGUUACACACCGUUGGUGUUGUUAUUGCAAGAGUUUUGAUCAUCACUAUUUAUAGACCAGCCUGUUCCGACUGAGGCUGUUCCUCCUAGCUGUAUAUUUUGCCAACUGCGCGCAACAAGUUGCAGACACUCCCAGCAGAGGCAAACCUACACUAAUUUGAGCCAGCGGAUGGUAUUUUCUGCGCUUCUCUUUUCGGAUUACGCGUCUUUGAAUAGCGCAAACCCCUCCCCGACCCCCUCUUUGGAAGGCAGAGGGGGAAUAAACGGUGGAGAUCCGGAGAGGGAGUUCAGGAAAGGACGGGGCUGGAUCCGUGGGAAUAGGCCUGCCUGUCAGGCCUCUUAUGAUCUGGAUCUUGGACUGGACAGGGCUCCAAAAUAACUCAGUCUGGAAUAUUUUCAAGGGCCCGCUGGAAUAAAGAUGGAAGGAGAAUGUAUGGGGAUAAGAAAUGCAAAUCCUUAGCACACUGAGCCAUGCAUGAGAAGGGAUGUAGUGGAAGGUAAAGUCGCCUUAAUUACAGAUCACCCACUUUUUUAAUUAACGGAAUUAACAGUUUGCCCACAUUUUAGGCCGGCAUUCAUUUUUAUGUAAAACGUUCACAGCAUAUAAAGUAAACUACCUUAUGUUAAACGAGAAUAGGGUAUUUUAAAUGAGGACUGAUAAAUGACCUUUUUUGAACAUAUUUUUUCUUAAAUUUUUUAAUGCGUUAUGAUGCCGGAAUUCAUAAUGUUCACACAUUUUAAUUUUACUAGCUGUGCAUAACGACAAGAUUAUUUGGGUGCUUCUAAGAGGGGAAAGGAAGUGCAAAUGGGCCAUAUGCCGCGCAUGUUGUGGAGAUAAGAGGGACAGUGUAACUUUUGUAGCCACUUGCUGUGCACAACGCCAACAGUUGACAGCCUGUAUCUGGACCUGCUCAUACAAUGAAGCCCCGGACCUGAACGCCGUUUUUCCACGCAAACAACGUUAUUUUGGAAUGAAGAAAAAUCUGGGCAUUUUUCCUGACGCUAUCUGACUUUCUAAUGUCAGCAGUAUCGAAUUAUUGCGCACACAUAGAGGAGGUCAUUUCCAGUCAUGUAACGUCAGGACUGACUUGAUGAAGGCAUAAAAAAAUCCGUUGCAUCACUAACCAGUCCUUUCCAAGAAGGAUGUUAAAUUCAGGAGGCAGAAAGAGUGAUGACAGUGUUUUUACCGCAGCUGGAGAGAAAGCCGGGCUCAAACCCAGAGCCUCUUUGGAGAAGGACAGCCUACAUGUAAUGUGAGUACUGACGCAAACCCGGGGUCGGAUAAUGAACUGCUCAAGAAACUGGAACGGCAGUACAGGCUGCUGUGUGCGUAGCAAAGACGUCUGUGCCGUGCUCACCAUUCAUGCAGUGUGAUUAUUUCAACAAACACCUUUGCUCUCUCUCUCCCUCUCUGUCUGCCCGUCGGUCACUCUCUCGCCGCCGCCUCCUCCCUCCUCUCCGUGCCACACGUGCACACACGGCGCCCACUCACCGCGUCUAAUUGCCUGAGAGCCAUCAGAAGAUAGCCUAUUAUUCAUAUUUAACACCUCUCCAGCACCCUCUCGUUUCCUCGUCACACCAGUCAAUAUGGCCACUCUGCAACAUCACCGGCAGCUUCUCAUGCAUGGCACGGAAGUGAGCUGCGACUCCAGCGGGGAUGGCGCCGUGACCGUGCGGAUUACCAACAGCGCGCCACACGUGCAUCAACAUGAGCCACUGAGGGCUGCCAACAGUGGGGCAGGAGGAGCUGGAGGCUAUGGGGCUGUGAAUAAAAUGAACCCCAACCUCCACAAAUACAGUAUCUCCUCCAGCUGCAGCUCAGCAGACUCCAGACCGGUUGCGACCUCCACUUCGAGGGUGCAUAGGAAGGCGCCACCGCUGUUUGAACGCUCUGCUGCCCAGUGCUGGGACCCCAAGUUUGACUCCCCCAUUCUGGAAGAGGCAUGCCAAGAGAGGUGCUUUCCUCAGACACAGCGGCGUUUCCGUUAUGUUCUGUUCUACCUGGCAGUGGCAGCUGUACUCUGGGGGGUGUACUUUGGGGUCAAUAGUGACCGCUGCAACCCCAUGACCUUCCUAGCCCCCACCGCCUCCUUUUUAGUCCUCUUAGUGCUCCUCUUUUUGUUCACGUUAACCCAGCCCUACACAUGGCUGUACAACCAAACCUCCUUGCUCCUGAUUGCGGUCACCUUCGCCAUCACCUUAGCUCCACAGAUACAGACUGCUGGCUACACUGAGCUGGAGUGGGCUGGUGGCGGGAAUGCCUCAGAUGUCUCACCAGACAAAGUAGCACCACCUCCAACCCCUUGCAUCUCCCCUGUGGGCACCUUUUCUCUGUGCAUGGAGGUUCUGUUGUUGUUAUACAGCGUCCUCCAUGUCCGUCUGUAUGCCUCCGUGAUGCUGGGGCUCCUGUAUUCUAUAUUAUUUGAGGCAUUAGAAUGGCUACCAUUGCUUCAAAGGAGUUAUGACACUACUGGAUGGGGGACAGGUUUAGUGGGUACAGGUUCUGAUUGGGAAGGAGACACACUCCGCUGGCUGGGCCCAGCCAAAGCUCUGCUCCACUUGUGUGCCCAUGUCAUUGGCAUCCACCUGUUCAUCAUGUCGGAGGUGCGUUCCCGCAGCACCUUCCUCAAAGUGGGCCAGGCUAUCAUGCAUGGCAAAGACUUAGAAGUGGAGAAGGCCUUGAAGGAGCGUAUGAUCCACUCGGUCAUGCCGCGGCGAGUUGCAGAUGAGCUGAUGAAGCAAGGUGAUGAUGAGGGUGGCGGUGAGAACUCUGGCAAGCGGUAUUCCUCUGGUGCCUGCUCUGCCUCGGCCGUCUCAGUGGGUGGAGGAGGAAGUGGUGGAGCUUCACAAGCCCAAAGUGCCACAAACCCUAAGAAUCACCCUCACAACAAUCACAAACGCAAGAAGACCUCCAUCCCCCGUGGACAGAUAAUCUUCCGGCCUUUCAAUAUGAAACGCAUGGAGCCUGUCAGCAUCCUCUUUGCAGACAUUGUGGGUUUCACCAAAAUGUCUGCCAAUAAGUCAGCACCUGCCUUGGUGGGCCUUCUCAAUGAUCUGUUCGGACGUUUCGACCGGCUCUGUGAACUAACCUGUUGUGAGAAGAUCAGCACCCUGGGAGAUUGCUACUACUGUGUAGCUGGCUGCCCUGAGCCUAGACCGGACCACGCCUACUGCUGCGUAGAGAUGGGCUUGGGCAUGAUCCAGGCCAUCGAGCAGUUCUGCCAUGAGACAUGUGAGACCGUCAGCAUGCGUGUCGGCGUCCAUACGGGCACCGUGCUGUGUGGGAUCCUGGGAAUGAAGCGCUUCAAGUUUGAUGUAUGGUCAAAUGAUGUCAAUCUGGCUAACUUGAUGGAGCAGCUCGGCGUUGCGGGCAAGGUCCACCUGUCAGAAGCUACUGCCCAAUUCCUGGAUGACCAUUACCAGAGGGAGGAUGGGCGGGUGGCGGAGAGAGCCGGGCAGAUUGCGGUGGAGAAAUUGAAGGGGCUGAGAACCUACCUGAUUUCAGGAAGGAAGUUGGAGCAUGAUGCACAGUGUGGGUGCUCUCAGGGGGGACUGUCAGGUGGAGAUUUUGUUGGGGUCAGCCUGUCCUCCUGUCCUCAGCCCCGCACACCAGACCUCAUCCCUGGGGGAGCACAGGCUGCUGAGCCCCUGCUGCCCCAUCAACCACCAGACAGGACUGGGCCUCCCUGUGUCUCCCGUAGUGUGGUCUUGCCUUUGGGGGCAGAGCAGGGUGAUGAUGUAGCUGUGCUGAACGGCUGCCAGGAGGAGCACAAGACCAGCAGUGCCAAGUUUAUCCCAGGUCACAACCCCAGGGCAGUCAAUGGUCUCCUGAGUCCCCCCCUGGAGGACCCAGUGCGAGCCAGCCAGAGCUCCCUGUGCGACAUGCUCCAGGAGAAAGAAAAGAAAACUAGCACUAGCACGGGGACUGGCACCAGUCUAGGCAUGGCGGGGGGCACAGGGGCAGCUGGCACAGGAAUGGACCACUCUGCCCUGAUCCAGCUGCGUGCCAAGAACUUCAGAGAAAAGAGCGAUGCCCACUUUGUGGAUGUUAUCAGGGAGGACAGUCUGAUGAAGGACUACUUUUUCAAGCCACCCAUCAACAAGAUCAGCCUCAAUUUCCUAGAGAGACCUCUGGAAAAGGCCUAUCGCAGUAGCUACAAAGAGGAGGUGAAGGACCAGGUUCAGGUGCAGACAUUUGCGAGCUCCACCUUCAGCUCCUUCCUGGACGUUCUCCUCAGCUGUUUUGUCUUCCUGGCCCUGACACUGGCCUGCUUCCUUCCAUCUCUGGUGAGCCCGGCUACCGUGGGCCCUCCAGCUCCUGCUGCCCUGGCUCUGGCUCCCCUGGCUGGCCUGUUGGAGCUGGCCUCCCUGGUGCUGUGCAUACGUAUGGCCUUCUAUCUGGAGGAGGUGAUGAACUGUACCCACUCCCUGCUCUUGGUGGUCUCUGGAUGGCUCCCCCGUCACGUGAUUGGAGCUGUGUUAGUGUCCCUCCCUGCCAUCUCUGUCUUGUCCCACCUCACCCGCAGCGUCCACUUGCCCCUGCAGGUGACCAUGUUCUUGUGCUGUGCCACCAUCCUGGCCAUCAUCCAGUAUUGUAACUUCUGUCAGCUAAGUUUUUGGAUGCGCUCAGUCCUGGCUACUGCUACAGGGGUCGCCCUGCUGCUGUUGCUUUACAGCCCCUUGCACAGGUACAGCUCCCGUAAUAACAGCUUUCCAGUUCAUGGACUGAACAUCUCCACAUCCGGUGAUGGUGGUUCGGCUUUAGUCACUCCUGGUCCUGACCCUCCUCCGCGACCUCUUGACCUUCUGGUCCCAGAGGCUGUCCUGGCCUUCUUCUUGCUUCUUCUCCUGGUCUGGUUCCUCAACCGUGAGUUCGAGGUCAGCUACCGUCUCCAUUACCAUGGCAACGUAGAGGCUGAUAAACACCGCUCCAAGAUCCAGACAAUGCGAGACCAGGCUGAGUGGUUACUGGGCAACAUCAUCCCCAUCCACGUCGCUGACCAGCUCAAGGUGACCCAGAGCUACUCCAAGAACCACGACAGUGUGGGCGUGAUCUUUGCCAGUAUUGUAAAUUUCAGUGAGUUCUAUGAGGAGAGCUACGAGGGAGGGAAAGAAUGCUACCGUGUCCUCAACGAGCUAAUUGGAGACUUUGACGAGCUCCUCCACAAACCCGAAUUCAAAAGUGUGGAAAAAAUCAAGACAAUCGGUGCCACCUACAUGGCGGCAUCCGGACUGAAUGUCCGGCAGCUGGCAGAGAAUGAUGAUGACUCUCCACACGCUCACCUGAGGGCACUUUUCAACUUUGCCCUGGAGAUGAUGGGCGUCUUGGACGACUUCAACAAGAACAUGCUGGGUUUUGGUUUCAAGCUCCGUAUUGGAUAUAACCACGGCCCGCUGACGGCGGGGGUGAUCGGCACCACUAAGCUGCUCUAUGACAUCUGGGGAGAUACGGUCAACAUUGCCAGCCGCAUGGACUCAACCGGCGUGGAGUGUCGAGUGCAGGUGAGCGAGGAGAGCCAUGCUGUGCUCAGUGCAAUGGGCUUAGAGUUUGACUAUAGAGGCACGGUGAAUGUUAAGGGCAAAGGUCAAAUGAGGACCUUUCUGUACCCCAAAAGUGGGGAAAGUAUAUGUCAAGACCGAACGGAGCUGGGCGCCAGUGUCGGACCCUCGUCCAUGGCAUCAACAGCCAAUAAGACUUCAGGAUCUGUUGCCCAGGCAGCAGUUCUUCCUCCCUCUUCUUCCACUCCUUCUCCUUCCUCCUCCCUUUCCACACUCCCUCCUCAACCACAAAGCGCUGUAUGGCCUUCAAGAGCAGGGCCUGAGCCUGUCCAAGCUAAGUCCACAGAGGUGAGGGAGGAAGGAUAUAGGGACGCUACACACCUCCCUGGGCAGUCCCCUGCCACAGACCUUCACCUCCCUCCCCACUCUGAACUAGGCCCAGAGCCUAGUGCUGCACAAGUGCCCUCCCAAGUGCAGCCUGCUCCUCUCGCACUUCAAGAGGAGGAGGAUGAAGAGGAGGCCAAUGAGCUAACACAACUCAACGAGGAGUUUUAUGCUCGUCUCUGAUCCCUCCUCUCCUCUUCUCCUGUCUUCUGUCCCCCAGCUGCCCCCAGCUUCUGCCUCUUCAGGACUGAUUGCAGAUGUGGGCAGGAUGUCCCUUCCUGUAAGCAUGGGUGAAGUGUCUUCGGCACGGAUGAAAAAGAGGGAGUUUGUCACUCCAACACAAACAGUGGCUACAGUGGUUAUAAAAAUGUUGCCUGAGUGCUGGGGUGGGUUAGACCUGUGUUGAGCACAGCAGUGUAUAGGGGAGAAGGCUGAAAGGGGUUCAGAGGGAAGGAAGUUUUGUUGGUGUUGUUCUUGAUGUUUUUUCUUAUCUGUUUUUGUUGUUAAGUGCCUUCAGGACUAGAACAAUGAACGAACAAGUAUGAAUACUGAACAAAGUUUUAACAAUCUUAGACUACGGAACAUGCUGUGGUUUCUUACUCCAUGCUUUUAUUUUCAAUGCAAGUAUUUCUUAAAAAAAAAAUCGUUAUUGUUGUGCCAUAUCAUUUGUUUUAACUUGAUCAAAGUCUUGACCUUACUUAAGGGAAAAUAAUUUUAGAUUCUAUAUAAGUGCCAGUGCAGCAUAAUGAGCAGGGAACUAUGGGAAGAAUGAGGGAAUCACAUGAAGCAGUGUUAAUUUAUGUGUUCUGCUUUGACACGAGGGCUUAAUACAGUAUUCAUUUGUGCUAGAGUCUCUGUAAAAGGGGACAUGCUACUUUAGUUUGUGUAGCAGCUAAAUGCACAUUUUAAGCACAGGUCUUGCACAGUGUUUUCUCGACCACUUGUAUUUGGUAGUUAUUACCAUGAAAUAGCUUUUAAGAAAGUUUAAACAGAGUUCUUGUCUGUCACAAGUAUAAUCAGAAGCACAAAAUCAAAACAAAUAAGGGAAUAUAGAUUUGGAAGAAAAGGUGGUUUUGAAAAGUGAAAUCAUCACACAAGCAGAAAGGCACUUUAAAUAUGCUUAAAGUAAUACUCCACCAAGAUGUGUCUUUUGAGUAUGAAACACUCACCCCCUGUAGACCUGAAAGAAAUGUGUAAAAAAGGUUGUAGUUUGAUCCUAAGCAGAGCACGGCGAAUGCAUAUUGAACUGUUGUCAGAUUUCACAGAAACUUCUCCAACCAAUCCUGCAGCAUAAUCUACUUCUCUGCUGUCCAUCUGUAUGCCCAUAGGCUAGAAUGAAAGCUGCUGCGCUGCGUUAAAGAGCAAACUACAAACUUGUUACUCCUACCUUCAUCUAGCGAUAUUCUAUGUUUUUGUUGUUAACAAAUCCCAUGAAAAGACCAAAACCAACAGUGUGUUAGUCCAUCUCUCAAUACUUUGGGAUUUCCUUACCCAGUCUGUGGCUCUCAGCCAAAAUCCCAACAGCUAGGCACUGUAGUCUUUUUUGUAUAUGUUUUGGGGCAUUUUAUGCCUCUUUUUCAUUAUAGUAGACAGUUGGGUAAUGACAAGACAGAUGGGGAAUGACAAGGGGAGAGAGAGGUGGGGAAUGCAACAUGCAACAAAAGGUCUCAGACUAUACACGAAAUGGGGUAAGUUGCGGUUCACGGUUGCACUUUAUUGCCUACGCCAGCACGGCGCCCCCAGGCACUGUAGGUGUAAAUAGUGCAUUUGUUGGGGAAUAUUUUCAGUGGCUGAUUUGGUGUGCUAGCGAGUAUUUACAGCAACAGGAUGGUGUAUGUGUGAUAAAACUACAGGGCCCAUGUUCGUUGUAAUGAAGGAACAUGUCACCCAGUGCAACUAUGUGGCUCAUUGAUGUGUUUUUAUUAGUUUUUAGACAGCAGUGGAGCUCUAAGGCACAGAGGAAUAAGAUAUAUCAGGCUUUGGCUACACAUACAACACUUAGUUAGUAGUAUUGUUUCAUUGUUGGUUUUGAUCUUUUCAUGGGAAUUGUUAAUAAGAAAAAUACACCAGACCUAAUUGCUUAAAGCUUACGGUGGGGUGAGAAUUUGAUACUCUAAAGGUUUUGAGUAUCACUUGAAGUGGGACUGUGAGGGACAAUCACUGUGUAGUUCUUGAUAGAUGAUAGGGUGGUCCACAUUGCUGUUGGUUAGUACAGCACAGAUCAACUACAGUUUCUACAGUGCUGUGUGUAAAACCUCAGACUCAGAUUUUGUGAUGUUCCAUUCGUUGCCUUUAUUGCCAGAAGAAAAAACAAACAUUGGUCAGUCCAUCACUAUAGAUUUAUGUAUUGUCUGCCUUUAGCUGUGUGAUUUGCUGUUGAAGGGGUUGGACUUUUAACUUCAUCCUGUCACAGCCUUUAUACAGAGGGGGCCCUCUACUGUAUCAAUAUACUUAAAUUGUGCCACUUUAAUUGAGUGAUCUAUAGGUGCAGUGCAACCUAAACUAGCUGAUUGUUGUGUGGUGCCUAAAAGUAUGACUGUUUUUUUUUUGUGAGUGUUUUGGUUUUCAGAAAGUUUUUUUUUAUCAUGCUGUUUUCAUAAUGAGGAUAGAUUGUGAUUGUAUGUUUGAGGAAAUAAUGCUCGUUGUGCAGGUUUUGCUGCAACCUUUUUUGGGUGACAAAUUCCAUCUUUCUUUCUUUUCUUUUUUUUUUUGCUCUUUUCCAGUUCUUUCAUUCUGUCAUUAACCUGGAAUAGUGUGGUGGUGUUCCCAUCGAAUAGCUGGCACCUCUGUAGUUCUCUUUGCUAUUUACUCACUUCAUGCUUUGUCUCUACUCCUGAAAGCACUUUCCCCCCUCUUGUACUUUGCAUGUGUGUGAAUGUAUGUGAGAAAGACAAUUAAUUUUUACUCCAAGUCAAUAACACAAAAAAGAUCACUGUAAUAUGAUGGCAAAGGAAAAUCAAUCAACUACAUGGCCACUGUUUAACUGUUUGCUGUUGCUGUCUUAUGUGUGGAGGAAUUACACACACAAAGCUGCAUUCUUUAAAAUGGAGAAAAGAAAACCCUGAAGUUUGAUAUCUGUAUAAUGAUCCUGCAAAUACAUAUCACCGCCACAUCAUAGAGACAGAUCGACAUUUGGGCUAAAGAAUCCUGUCACGAGAAGCUAUGGGCACACACAUAAGAUACAGAGAUGAAAAGGAGGAACCAUCUCUAUUUAUGUAGCUGUCUCCAUCUGUAGCAUAAAAAGCAACUUUGUUUACUUUCAAACAUACACAACCAGUGCCUUUUGAAUUAGGAAUAUGUUUAAUCAGCGUGUGUGAGCUGUGGUUAUUUGUAUGAAAUAAUCACGAUAACCCUAGUACCAUAAAUACCCUGAAAAUCAGUCAAAGACACAAGAAUAGCUACAUGAGACCUGCUUUGUUAGCUAAAAUCUUUUUCAUUGCUAUUUAAAUUAUAUCACAUCUCUCUUACUCUUGCAUAUUUUCAACACGCUCAAGUUUGCCAAACCUAAUAAACCAUACCACACAACGUUAAGAAAACAGAUGAGAAUAUCCGGUAUCAAUUUUGAAGGAAACUUCUUGUUUUUUCCCCACAUUUUCCAGAUUACCCUCCUGCCUCACGAUGUUAGAUAAUCCUUGGUGAUUUUCAGGCUGUGUCGCUGUAGCCCUAGCGUGCACAGCAGGGACAGAAGCUAGCCAUAGCCAUUUGAGGUCUGGGACUCCACAGGUUGAUGGGCACACCAUCUCUCCAGUAGCGCACAUCUGUACACACGUAUAAAUAAAAUAUUAAAGUGAACACUGCUGGCUCUGUGAUCUGUGAUACAGCGGGGGUUGAAGUGUUUGUGAUCUUGUUUGCAUGGGAACAAAUGAGCAAUUUGUUUCUUUGCCAGACACACUACAUUUUUUGUUUGAUUCUGCACCAUACUAUCAUACUUUCAUUUCAUUUCAAUACCAUUCUUUCUACAAUUAUGUUGAACAUUGAGCAUGUACUGCCAACAUGCAGGAUCACUAAGCUUUGCUCAUUUAAGGUUACUUGGAUUUUGUCCUUCGCUGACAAUGUAUUGAUGGAUGAUGUGUGUAUGACAAGAUUUGUUUUAGUUUUGGCAGAGGGAAAGAAAUGUCCCUAGAAGUCCAGCGCUCCAGUUAAAAAAUGCAAUAAAGGAAGCAGCCAAGCGCAUUGAAGAGAAGUUUAAGGCAUUCAGUCAUCCCUGUGUUGACGAAGUAUGAUUCUGCUUUGUGACAGAAAAAGGCAUAGAGUGUUUUAUUAGCACUUGUUAAAAUCAUCACAGCAAAGUAGCAUUGUCUAAUCACAUUUAAAUGGUGACAGCUCCAGAUCUUUUCAUCAUAAAUGUUCUCGUAAAUUCAACCCGUAUGUGUUUUUUAAUUACACUGGGACAAAAAUUAGACAGAGUUGUUUGAUUUAAAAUCUUUGUGUAUUCGUUUUAUGUUCAUGAAUGAGAUGUAUUAUGUAUGUUUUGUGCACAUUACCCAUGUAUCAUUUAUCAACACGUGAUCGUAAUCUGUACACAUUUGCACAAAGCACUCAGUGUUUGUACAUAUGCAGUUAUUUUAUGUCACAUAUGAUUUUUUUAUACAUGUGCAUGUGUCAGAUUUUGCCAGAAAACAAUGAAAAAGAGACGUAUUAUCAAAUUGAUUCAAUGUGUGUCUAUUUGAUUAAGUGUGAGUGUUAUGAUUUUAUCACUCUUUUUUUUUCAGCAUGAGAGAAAUAAAUCUCCAAGCAGAAAACAGUG